AUUUCUUGGUAUUAAAGUUGCUACCGCUUACAUACUAUUAAAAUUAUACCCGUUAAAAGUUUGCUACCGAUAUGGUAAAAGUUGAAUACUGAACUAUUUCUGCACAGUAUUACAUACAUACGUAUCAAUACCACUUUGGUAGAGUAAUAGGUAUAUGAAUACCACUUGGUAUUAUUUUAAUACUGGAUUUCUAAUAGUGCAGAGCACCAUGUUGGGGGAUACAUAAAUAUAACGCCCAACAAAUGUGAUAUCACCGAAUGCAUCAACGACGCUAGUGUUGAUAGUUAGCUGUGUAAAUACAUGGAUAAGGCAUCCCUACAAUCAACCUCUUUUAAACCGGGUGGAUUAACAGUCUUUCUCACACAUGGAUUCGCAACACCCGCUAUUUUUUACGUUACAAUGGGAAAUAUCGUCUCCCCCUUCACAACGGAUUCGCCCUUCAUUGACAACUACAUUUUUGUGGAUUGGUCAGCUUUAUCGGGAAAUGUCAUCUUCCCCCUCGACCUGCCACUCCUGUACCCAAUUGCGGUUAAGAAUGUCGCCACUGCGGGAAAACGGGUCGCGAAUUUUAUAGAAUGGCUUCAUUACGAUGGCAGCAUAAAUUUGGACAGGAUUCAUCUAGUUGGCAUUUCCCUCGGAGCCCAUCUCCUCGGGCGGGUGGGCACUGAAAUUCAAUUAAGCAUGGGUGGAAGGAAACUGCCACGAAUUACGGGGCUCGAUCCAGCCGGCCCGCUGUAUUAUCCGUCCCACCCUGAUUGGAAUAUUGACAAGAGUGACGCCAGUUUUGUCGAUAUUUACCACUCGAAUGCCGGUUUUUACGGGGAGAGCACGCUGGGUGGACAUGUUGAUUUCAUAUUAAACAACGGACACGCUCAGCCUGGGUGCAAUUUUAUCACUGAUCUCUUGACUUGCAGUCAUGACUUUGCUCUGUUUUUAUAUCUUGACACUUUUAAGAAAGCUUACGUAGCGUGUCAAUGCUCCAGCAGAGAAUUGGACCCCGGAAACUUUAAGCAAUGUCAGGAACAAUGUCCGAACCCUAUUUUUGCUGGGGUUUACACACCACACACAGCGCGAGGCGAGUAUCACAUCACAGCCGAACAUCUUCACACCCCAUUCGAUAUCUUAGGAAGAUAAAUAAAAUCGUCAUUUGUCAGUGUACCUAUACAAGCUUCAGUAUUCCACUUUUGUCUGCUAAAAAUUCAAGUAAUCAUAUGUAUCUUUAUUAGCCAAUAAGCAUCAAUAAACUAGUUUUUGAGGAAGUUCA